AUGCUUGGCCGUCUAUUCUCCUCUGCAAAUUCAGCAGCUACAUCUCCUAAUGGCACUCGCCCGUCAACCGCGGCGGCCCCCGAAAGUGACGAUCUACACACUAGGAAUCUUCUCUAUCCCGAUGCAGCCUCCCCGUUCCAUUCGUCCCUCUCCUGCUCUCAUACCAGCAGCAGCAGCAGCAGCAGUGGCGGUUUCGGCGAGAACAUUGAUCUUGAUUCGGAUCGAGAUGUGAGGGUCAUUAUCGCUCAGGAUGGUAUGGCAGCAGAGCUAAAGGCCGUCCUGUACGACUCUCAUCAACCCGUCCCCAAAAGCAUGGGCCAAUCACAGCCGGGGUUUGAAGACAACGGCCCUUUGUCCCCCGGACUCGGGGGACCCUACCACCGCCCCAGGCGACGUCCUGUGCCUCCGAACCAUCCCUUUGGCACCUCUUCGUAUCACCCGACUCAGGCUGCUUCCGGGGUGGCGCCCGAUCAUGAAAUGGCUGUAUUGAUGGAUUGUAUGUUUGGCUCAGCGCCAUUAGCAUAUAAGGGCCCUUCAACAAAGGUACACAUGCUUCCGACGGCGGAAGAGCGAAAAGGCAGGAUUCGAAAUAGUCCUAUUUCCUCGAGACGUGGAUCGCUCCGAAACCCUUCCUCUGCCCCUCAACAGCUUGAACCGGAGUCGCACAAAGAUGCUCGCAGGGAAGUUUUGAUCACAAGGCUGUUUUCAGUAGUAAUGCCGCCGAGUCCGACACUUCCUAACCCCCCCCAGGUCUCUAAAGACCAUACCCCCGCACCCGCGAGUUCAUCAGCAUCCCGACACGGAUUUCCCUUUCCUAGAAUGAACAGUGGCGCCCAGCCCGUAAGUGGACCUGCGGCUGCCGCUGCCAAGAUCGUCAAACCAUCCAAGACUUAUAUGUACGCUCUUGGUUUGAUCAUUUCAUUGCCUCCGCCAGCCGUUUACAACCGCCCAUCGACAACCUCUUCCCUAUCCCUUAGUCAUAAGUGUUGCUGCCAGCUAAGUACAUGUACAUCUCUCGAGCACGAUCAUGGACACCCCGACUUUUUAUGUUCAACACCUCCAUCGUUCGACGAUGGCCAUUUCCCGCAACACCCUCUUAAUAGUCUGAGAUCGGAUGCUGUAAUCGAUGACCUCCAGACCCCUUCUUCCGUAGAUGACCGGAUGGAUUUGGUCACUAAACACUGGGACGUCAUUAGUAGAGCACUUUCGGACCUCCAACGUGUCGCAGAACCUCGAAUUCUCCAUGCUUCGAACACUGCUGGCAUAACCUCCGCCCAGGCGGCCUGCCAGAACGGGUUUAAGCACAGGAAACGGGUUGAGCCAAAGCAGUGGGCACUGAUGAGCGAUGAUUGUAUGCGCAGAGAGGUGAAUAGGUUUCGUUGGAGGAUUGUGACAGGUAUUAAGGUUCCCAGGGUCAUUACUGGACAGGGGAAAUGGGGUGUGUGGAGGGACGAGGCGCAAUGGGCUAAUGAGAGGUUCGGAGGAAGGGAAAUGAAAUUGUGAGCUGCUGCUGUCUAGUUGACGAUUCUCCACCGGAAAUACUAAUUAUGCGGCAUGUAGCUUUUUCCUCACAUUAUUGACCGCAUUUCUCGGCCACCACACGGAGUGGCUAGACGUCCUUGGCCCUCUACCAUACAGGCGGAAGCAUCAGCGGCAACAGCAGGUGGCAGGUAACAAUGAGGAGUUUUCGAUGCCGACUCGGACCAUUAUUCUCUCGAACGACAAGAUGGCUUCGAGAAGACUCAUAUACCUCCUUUCGACAUUUUUGCCGACCAAGAACUUUUCCCAAUGGGACGGGCUUCCACCACCUUCAAGGACUUCGUCGAUUAACUAUCUCUCCCAAUCGCCACCUAUUCCGGGGGCAAUGGGAAAUAGUUUGGGGAGUAAGAAAAGCACUCUACGCAACAAGGCCAAGAGGAAGCCGAGUAAGCUCAGCAUGGUCACUGGUGACGAAGAGGAGGUUGUGGGGUGGGAUAUCCCCGCCGCGACCAGUGGAGAGUCGAGUGCUGCGCCAUCCGUGUUGCGGCUUCCUUUGUCGAACCCCGCACGAAAAGCGGGGAGUGCAGGGACACUAACCACAACCCCAAACUCUGCGACUGCUAUGCCGGCUAAUGUGCCGGGGAGCCCCCAGAAGAGUGAUGCGCGUCCGAGCAGCAGCAACAGUGCAGCAAGCAUGAAUCUGAUGAACACGCUAAAACGAACUGGGACCGCAAACACGAGUAUGGAUUCAAACAGUGGAUGGGGUAGUUUUCUGAGUUUCUGGAGCCAGUCAAAAACAGGAUCUACCGCCCCAAGCGAAAACAGCCUGCAGCACGAUGACGGCUUUAGUGUGGUUGGUAAGGGUGGGACAAUCGGUAACGAUGAGGGGGAGCCGGUGGAUGUCGGUGAAUUGUACUUGGAGGACGACGACCUGCAGCAUCAUCACCAUAAGCAACACAGUGCACCGCUGUCGCUGCCCCCACACCAUGGCUUCCAUCAUCACCACCACCUUCAAUUUCCUGAGAGCCAAGUGAGGUUGUCGUUCGACGAGAACGAUGGGGUGGUCGACGUUGACAUCCCAAUGCCAUCCCUGGACUUCCCGACAACUGGAUACACAUCUCCCGUCAGUUCCCCGUCCAGUUCCGGAUGGGCAAUGUCAAUGCCAUCCUUGGAGAGCACGGGCAAUGGGUUCCUGGGGUUUGGCAUGAAUUUCUCGUCCGGAAUGGUAAUGCCUAACUGGAUUACCGAUCUCGAAGAGAACGCGGUCAAUGUGGCGGGGUGGCUGGGCGACGAAAAGUUCCACCCCGAUUUUGCCCUUCAAGCCGUGAAGCCGUACGCGGAAGUUAGAGAGGAGAUCGAGAGAGCCAUGAGAGCCGAGACAACGCCCCGCCAGCCAAUGGGCGCCACACCCGCUUCCGAGUCUGGCAGCACUAAUCAGGAAAGCUCCAACGAUAGGUGGAUCGAGGUCUGCUCAGUCCUGAUCGCAGACACAAGAGAGCACACGAUAAAACGCCUUCGUCUCCGCCGACGCAGCAAGAGACCGGCCGCCUCUGCAGGCACCACCUCACUGCCGCCCAGUGCGCUAAGCGCCCACCGCCACCUACAUAUUCAACAACCAUCGUUUGCUGCAUCAAGUCCAUACUUUGGCCCCGCCGUCGUGGCCACCGCUGCCGAGUGGGAGGGAGAAGAGGAAGAAGUGAUUGAUGAAGAACUCGUAUGCGACGUCGACGAUGUCCUUGCUACCGCGGUGGAAAAGGUCAUCGGUAUAUCCGUCACCCCCCUUCCGCGGCCACAAACUAGUGGUGGUAACGGUGGCAGUACCACCGCCCGCGAUGGAGGGGACGAAUUUCAGAAACUCAAUGUCCAGGGAUGCAAGUGCACGGUUCUUGGAGCUCUGGAGAAUGUGGUUCGCGCAGUCGCGCAUGAACAUGGAAACGUUGUGGAGAACUUUUUGACGGAGGGGGUUGCUAAGUGGCUUAAUGAUAUUCAGGAGGCUUGCUGAUUUCCUUUCCCCCCUAGUCCUUUGUCUCUACCCGUAUUAACUUAUCAUCAUCAUGGACGGUGCAUUUGCUUCUUUUCUCCUUUCCUUUUUCUCUUUUCCUCGAUUCCCUUUUUGUCAUUGGCACUUGAUAGUCUGCGAUUCCCGGGGACCUCGCCUCGCUUCAUCUCACUUUUCUUUUGAGCACGGCAUGGUCGGUUGGGCUACCGGAGUUUGUGGGGGUUUUUCUUUUCCCAUUUCUUUUUUACACACGGGUUAAACUCUUCAUGAUGGGUUGGAUUGGAGCAUAGCCUUUGUUUUUCUCCUUUCACCUUGUUCCAUCAGAUCAUGUCAUACAUAGCCUUUGCUGUUAUUGUCCGGUUUUACCCCAAUUAAUGGAAGGGGGAGUAUCCUUUUGGAUAUAUUCCCCUUUUUUCUUUUUCUUUUCCUUCUUGACUACUUUGCGUUUGGUUCGGUUUGACCGUCCUUUUAUCCCGUCUAAUGCCUAUCUCAUCCGGCUCUGGCAUUUUUGUUUGUGGGGGUUUGUUUCUACGAUCGCCGGUGUUUCGGUGUUUUUGCUCUUUUUUCCUUUUCCCCGUUGCAUGAUGGAUUAGCGAGGGUGAUGGCAUAGGGACGGUCUUCAUCUAGCCACACUACUUGCUUUGACUACGCUCGCCGGCUGGUCCUUUAUAGCUGAUGCGCCCGCGCGGUGCUUGUACGGUAGAUUGGAAUGGUCCUGGUGGGGCGUUGGAGCUUUGCUUUACCUUGCUUUACUUUUUUCGUGGAGUUGUGGAGCUGGCUGUGAAUUGAGGGGAUUAUCUACUGUC